AUGAAAGAUCUUGGUCCUAUUAAUAAGUUCCUAGGAACCAAUUGUUCUCAAGAUAAAGAUGGGAACAUUACGUUGAAGAUGACUGAUUACAUCACGAAAGCAACCGAUGCCAUGGAUAAUGAAAGUAAAAAACCAACUUACAAUCCCAUGUCAGGGGGUAAAGAUUACUUCGAUAUUACAUCUCCACCGGUUCAAUCUAUUAAAGCAUACCAAAGCAUCAUUGGCCAAUUAUUGUUCAUUGCUAAUGCAGGCCGCCCAGACGUUGCCUUUCCGGUAUCCUUCUUAUCAAGAUUCUUAAAAGAUCCAAGAGAAGUACAUAUGGAUGCUGCUACUAGGAUCAUGCGGUACUUAUAUACAACUAGAGAGUAUGGUAUCAAAUAUAGGUCAAAAUCGAAGAGGCAGCUGACUGUGUACACAGAUGCCUCACAAGGUGCUGCAUGGGACAUGCCAUUUUCCACAAGUGGUUAUGCUACUUUCCUAGCUGGUGGUGCUAUAACAUGGUGUUCAAGAAGAAUUAGAUCCACAAUAUGCUUAUCUUCCACUGAGGCUGAAUACAUAGCUGCAAGUGAAGCGGUAUUAGAAACAAUGUGGUUAUAUAACCUCUUAGAACAUAUGGGAUACCCACUCUCAGAGAACCUAUUGAUGAUAGAUAAUGAGCCUGCUAUCAAACUAGCAUCACAUCCCAUUCUGCACUCUAGGACAAAACAUAUUAAGUUAAGAUAUCACAAGAUUAGAGAAGCUGUUGACGACGGCAUCGUCAAAAUUGAAUAUGUUAACACCUUGGACCAAGUUGCUGAUAUAUUAACAAAAGCUUUACCCCAGAAACAGUUUAACUACCUACGUGAUAAGCUAGUUUCCAUGUGUUGA